ACCAAACUCCACAAUCUCUAAUUAUACAUCAUUCUUCACAUUCUUUAUCUUCUUCUUCUUUUCUUUCUUGCUUUCUUGCUUUUUUUCUCACUGAGAGAAACGAAAUUGAAAAAUCCGGUGGGUUAAUUAGCUCCAAUAAUGAGUUCCAUAAGCGAAACCCCUUCUUCUUUUCUCACCACCAAGAACAUAACCGGUGAAGAUGAUGAUGAGUCCCCAGAAGAGAGUGGUUGGACCACUUACUUUGAGGAUUUCUUUAACAACAACAACAACAACCACAGCUAUUGUUCUACAAUAUUGUCUAAUAAUAAUAAUAAUAAUAAUUUAUCUUCUAGUGUUGUUGAUUGUUGUUGUUCUUCUUCUCUUGUCUCUGAUGCUGCUUCUUUGUAUGCUACAAAAUUUGUUGAUGACACCGUGCAAGGUAAUAAUAAAAAUAAUAAUAAGGAAUUAUGUAUGACUAUGAGAUUGAAGAAAGGUAGCAGAUCAGGUUUAGUGAAGAGGAAUAAGAACACCAGAAAAGGUUUUAUUGAUGAUGCUUUGGAAGAUACUGCAAGUUCUCCUCUUAAUAGCCCCAAGAUUUUAUAUGAAGAGAAGGAGGAACAACACCUUUUUCAUCAGGAGAAAGGAAAUGGCUCAGGAAUAAGAGAUGAAAGAAAAGAAUUGGGUUUUAAGAAGAGGGAUAGUGACUACACAGAACUGAAUAAGAAGGGUUGCUUAGUUCCUUUGUCUAUGCAUGGUAAUAAAGUAUAUCUAGGUUGACUAGUUUAAUUUUCCAAUGCUAAGAAAUCGCUCUCAAAUUUGCAAUUUUCUCUUCUUUAAUUAAAACCAUGCA